GCUUACCGGGCACCCUUUUGAGGGUCGAAUACAUCGAAAAGCCGCACCAGACGAUACAUCAGCUUACUAACUCAUCAUGUCCACCCCGGCGCCUGCCUCUCCUGAGGGCAGCGCUUCACAGUCCACUCAAGAGUCGAACCAGCCCAUGUCUACGGUGGAUCGGGCUGUCCUCGAAUACCUCCGCACGCGUGGUCACGCCCAGGCAGUUCAGGCGCUGCAGGAAUCCAUCGGUGACGUGGACGGCAAGGGAACGUUGACGGAGCCACCUGUAUCCGCUCAGGACCUGGUGAAGCUACUCGCUAUUUUCUCUCAGAAGGCGGAUCGCCCUGGAGGCAACGCAUUACGGGAUAGCGCUGCAGUGAUAGACGAGCUUUCCAAGCUAGGAAACGCCCCGAGCAUCCAGAAUCUCUUGCAGAGCAUCGGGGCCGUUGGCGCUGAGGACCUUUUAGGAUCCGAUCCAUUGGAUAAACAAGAGGGGUUCCGGGAGCUGGAGGCGUGGGUGGAUGGCUCUUUGGACAUGUAUCGGCCCGAGUUCAGGGCGAUCUUGUUCCCUAUAUUUUGUCAUUUCUACCUUGACCUUGUGCAAUACGGGUUCAAAGAUGCAGCCAUCAACUUCUUCCAGACCUUCUCCGGCCCUCUUGAAGCAGAGCACAGUAGCACCCUACAUCAUUUGUCCACUCUCCUUCUCCCAUCACACGUCCAGAACGAUGAGCUGGCACAACGCUUUCGAAACGAAAAAUACGCUGUCCGUAUGAGCCGUUCCGGCUUCAACCUUCUAAUCGGAUGGCUUACUGAAGGCAUUGGCGGAGAGCCAUCGGGAGGAGAUGCCGGUUUCACAGGCGAACGCGGGAAACGAGGGAGGUCAGCUGUUAUGCGUGUAGUAAAUAAUCACCUGCGCUUCGAUGUCACUGCUACAACUGCAAGCAACUUUCCGGCGAGCGCCUGGGAGGAAUCUACCGGCCUGCUAUCAGCGCUCAUUCCAGAAUCCAGCGGCGGCGCGGCUUCCUACACUGAUCCACAAGCGUUCAAUCGAAUGAAAGGCGAAUUAAAACUCGGACCCGCACCUCUGCAGGAGGAAUUGAAGAUUGAAGCGGAGCGCGUGCUUCGUGAGCAGGCGAUGGUAGAUCGUGAUCCAUCGGCCCAGUACGAUCUACACUAUUUACAACCUCCCGCACCGCCUGGAACGAUCGCGCCGACUUUAUCCGACCUUCCACCACAUCCACCAAACUUCAAGACCGUGGAUGUGAAACGUGAGGUGGAACGCGUACGGGAUGCUCGGAAGCGGAUACGCCUUGAACCGUCUGCUCUGAGCAGCGUCGACCAAGACAGUCCACAGGCUGCAGCAAUCAGGGCCCGUGCCCUCCCGAGUGUAUGCGCAUACACCAUACACAACGUCCCAGAAGGCGUACCCUGCUGUACUUUCUCGGCGGACACGUCGUUAAUGGCGGCUGGAUUCGCGGAAAGUUACAUCAGACUAUGGAGUCUGAAAGGCGAGAGGUUACAGGGCAUGCGCAGCGAUUUCUCCCCCAGCAAUAUCCGCGACGCGGGUUCAAUACGACGAAUACGCGAGAAAGGUGGUUCAACGACGCGGAAACUCGUUGGUCAUAGCGGUCCGGUUUACUCAGUUGCCUUUGACCCCUAUGGUGGUUCGGCCGUGCCUCCGCGGUACCUCCUUUCCAGUUCCGCGGACGCGACGACACGACUUUGGUCAUUAGACACGAUGACUAACGUUGUUGCAUAUCGGGGACAUCAAAAUCCGGUAUGGGACGUACAGUGGAGUCCGAUGGGCGUGUAUUUUGCGACCGCCAGUCGGGACCGCACCGCAAGGCUUUGGUCCACUGAUCGAGUAUCGACACUCAGAGUUUAUGCAGGACAUCUGAAUGACGUAGAUACUGUAAGGUUUCAUCCAAACUCGUUAUAUCUUGCGACAGGAUCUAGCGAUUGGACUGCCCGUCUCUGGGAUGUACAGAAGGGAACAUCUGUCCGCGUCUUCAUCGGCCAUCAAGGUGUUGUAUCUACUUUGGCUUUCUCCCCGGACGGCCGCUACCUUGCGAGUGCUGGCGAGGAUCUGGCUAUCAAUCUGUGGGACCUAGGUUCUGGCAAACGUAUCAAAAAAAUGACGGGCCACACUGCGUCGAUAUACUCUCUGGCUUUCAGCGCCGAGUCGUCCAUGCUUGUCAGCGGAGGCGCUGACUGGACUCUAAGAUGUUGGGAUGUCAAGAGUGCCGGUGGCUCGCCUCCCAAACGUGCGACCGCAAAUGGCGUACUUGCCAACGGAGAUUCAAGGGAUCGCGAGGAGGACAUUAUGGCGUCCACGGACUUGGUGGCGACGUUUCCGACUAAGAGGACACCGUUGAUAAGCGUGCAAUUCACGCCACGCAAUCUCUGCCUGGUGGCAGGCCCGUAUCUGUCCUUGGACCAGCGCUAGAAAAGCCAGGGGAUGUCGAUGCCGUAUUUCCUGCUCUACCCGAUUUGCUGUUCAAUGACCAAUGCAUGAUACUUUGUAUGUGUAUGUAAAUUACUUCAG